AUGGCCACCAUUGAUGGGAGAAUGGUCUCCAGACGCCGGGGAUCUGGCCGGGGGCGCCAGGGGAGCGAGGCCUGCCUGGGGUCCCUGGAUGACCCGCCGUGCGAGGGGACUCAGCUGGCCAUGCUGAGGAGGGCACAGGAAUUCUUUCAGACCUGUGACGCCGAGGGCAAGGGCUUCAUCGCCAGGGCAGAUAUGCAGAGACUCCAUAAGGAGCUGCCCCUCAGCUUAGAGGACCUGGAGGAUGUGUUUGAUGCCCUGGAUGCUGAUGGCAAUGGCUUUCUGACCCCAGAGGAGUUCACCACUGGAUUUAGUCACUUCUUCUUCAGCCAGAAUAACCCAAGUCAGGAAGAUGGAAGUGAGCAGCCAGCCCAGCUCCAGGAGGAGAAGGUGUAUCAGAGCAGAGGGGACGAGGACCUGGGCGACAUGGACGAAGAUGAAGAAGCCCAGUUCCAGACCCUCAUGGACAGACUUGGAGCCCAAAAGGUUUUGGAAGAUGAAGCUGACGUCAAGCAGCUCUGGCUGCGGCUCAAGAAGGAUGAGCCUCACUUACUGUCCAACUUCGAGGAUUUCCUGACCAGAAUCUUCUCACAGCUCCUAGAAGCCCACGAGGAGAAGAACGAGCUGGAGUGCGCCCUGAAAAAGAAAAUCGCUGCCUAUGAUGAAGAAAUCCAGCACCUCUACGAGGAGAUGGAACAGCAAAUCAAAACUGAGAAGGAGCAAUUUCUCCUAAAGGACACGGAGAGGUUCCGGGCCCGCAGUCAGGAGCUGGAGCGGAAGCUGCUCUCGAAGGAGCAGGAGCUGGAACAGCUGGUCCAGAAGCAGAAGCGGCUGGAAGGCCAGUGCGCCGCCCUGCACAACGACAAGCACGAGACCAAGGCUGAGAACACCAAGCUGAGGCUCACCAACCAGGAGCUGGCACGGGAGCUGGAGCGGACGUCCCGGGAGCUCCAGGACGCCCAGCAGCAGCUGGAGAGCCUCCGGCAAGAGGCCCACAAGCUCCACCAGGAGAAGGAGAUGGAAGUGUACCGCGUCACCGAGAGUCUACAGCGGGAGAAGUCGGGGCUCCUGAAGCAGUUGGAUUUCCUGAGGGAAAGGAACAAGCAUCUCCGGGAUGAACAGGACAUACGUUUCCAGAAAGACAAAGCGGCCAGAGCAAACACAGCUGCUUCCAAGGCAAGCUGUAAGCAGCGAUCUGGCUCUGUGAUCGGCAAAUACGUGGAUGGCACAGGGAUGCUCAGAAGCCAGUCCGAGGAGGAGGAGGAUGUGUUUGGCAUCCAAAGGCGGAGAAGCUCCCUGGGCCUGAGUGGGUGCCCCAUUACAGAAGAGGAGCCGGGGCCCGGAGGACCGCUCACCCGGCGGCUCCGCAGGAUCAUCUCCAUCGAAGAGGACCCCCUGCCCCAGCUGCUGGGGGGCGGCUUUCAGCAGCCGCUGAGCAAAUGCUCAGAAGAGGAGGAGGCCUCCGGCCAGGGGUUGGAUGGACAAAGUGGACCUGCCCGACCUCUGGGACUCAUGCCCACGUCUCCCCGAGGGCAGCCUGUGGGAAAAGAAGCCCUGUCUGAGAAGGAAGGCUCCCUGUCCACCCCAGACCGGCUCUUCAAGAUCGUGUUCGUGGGCAACUCCUCCGUGGGGAAGACAUCCUUCUUGGGCCGCUUCUGCGAUGGCAGGUUCUCCCCAGGCUCGGCAGCCACUGUGGGCAUCGAUUACCGCGUGAAGACGGUGUGUGUGGACGGCUCGCGGGUGGCUGUGCAGCUGUGGGACACGGCGGGGCAGGAGAGGUAUCGCUGCAUCACCCAGCAGUUCUUCCGAAAGGCCGACGGCAUCGUGGUCAUGUACGACCUCACGGCCAGACAGUCCUUCCUGGACGUGCGGCAGUGGCUGAGCAGCGUGGAGGAAGCUGUGGGAGACCGCAUUCCUGUUCUUCUGCUGGGCAACAAAAUUGACAACGAGACAGAGCGAGAAGUGCCGCGGGGCCUGGGAGAGCAGCUGGCCAAGGAACACAACCUGAUCUUCUAUGAAUGCAGUGCCUAUUCCGGUCACAACUCGGAGGAGUCGAUGCUCCAUCUGGCCAGAAUCCUCAAGGAGCAAGAAGACACAGUGCGGGAGGACACCAUUCAGGUUGACCGCCCUGCCAAGAAGAAAGCCUGCUGUGGCUGA